GGUCGUCAAGUCAACCUUAAAGGGAAAGGCCUUACGCCUUAGGCUUUCUCAGUCCACAAAUGGAGAAGAUAGAGCACACGACGGUCUCUACUAAUGGCAUUAACAUGCAUGUCGCCUCCAUAGGCACUGGUCCCGUCAUCCUCUUCCUCCACGGCUUUCCCCAACUCUGGUACUCCUGGCGCAACCAGCUCCUCGCUUUCUCCUCUCUCGGCUACCGUGCCAUCGCCCCCGAUCUUCGCGGCUACGGCGACACCGAUGCGCCCCCAUCGGCCACUUCUUACACCUCGUUCCACGUUGUCGGGGACCUGGUCGGCCUGCUUGACGCGCUUGGUGUGGAGAAGGUGUUUUUGGUCGGUCACGAUUGGGGCGCGAUUAUUGCUUGGCAUUUUUGCUUGUUUAGGCCUGAUAGAGUCAAGGCUUUGGUGAACUUGAGCGUGCCCUUCACCCGCAGGAACCCCAAGGUGAAGCCCAUCGACGGAUACAGGGCAGUGUUUGGCAAUGAUUUCUACAUGUGCAGGUUUCAGGAGCCUGGAGAGGCGGAAGAAGACUUUGCUAAGGUUGAUACUCCAAGAUUAAUGAAGACCUUACUUUCAAUGCGUGAUCCCAGUCCACCUUGUUUUCCUAAAGAAAUAGGAUUCAGUGGAUUACCUGAACCUCCGGCAUUGCCCUCUUGGCUUUCUGAGGAAGAUGUCAAUUAUUAUGCCAGCAAACUUGACCAGAAGGGGUUCACUGGUGGGCUGAACUAUUACAGAGCUAUGAACCUAACCUGGGAACUGAUGGCGCCAUGGACUGGAGUUCAAAUCAAAGUACCAGUUAAGUUCAUUGUUGGCGACCUGGAUGUUACCUAUCAUUUCCAUGGAGUCAAAGAAUACAUACAUGGAGGUGGCUUCAAGAAAGAUGUGCCAUUGUUGGAGGAAGUGAUUGUAAUGGAAGGAGCAGCCCACUUUAUCAACGAAGAAAAGCCUGAGGAAAUCAACGCUUAUAUUUAUGACUUCAUCAAGAAAUUCUAAUCUUGAUUUACCUCUGGCUUGUGAUGUCCCUUGAAAGCUUUUAAAAGCUUUUAUCUCUAAAGUCAAUAAUACAGGGAGUUUAUGGUGCAUCAUCUCCGGACUAAUUAACUUUGGUACUUUCUGUGGUACUUCCUGCAAUUUAUGCUUUAUCGUUGGUCUGUUUAAAGUUUAAACGCGCACACUUGCUUCCAGGUGAAGAUCUAAAAAGUUCAUGUAAGCAUUUUUAGUUUUACACCAAAAGAAUACUUUUGGAGUUAGUAUGGAACAGGACUUCUCCAAACAGUUCUUUAUGCGCAUGUCUUUCCCCCAAAUAAAUUUGAUGACAUUUA